AUGACGUCGCCUUACCCAGCAUCCAGCUCGUUCUCCCCCUCCGUUUCCUCCGACAUGCCUGCGGCGUCCAAUAGGCCAGUCUCUGAUUUGCCGCAAGCCCAGGUCGACGCGAUAAUCCGGACGAAGCGCAAGGCUCGCGAACCUAAGGCCUGCUACCCAUGUCAUGCACGAAAGGUCAAGUGCGAUCGCAACCUUCCGUGUGAUGGAUGCGUGAAGCGCGACCAUGCCGAUCUCUGCUCUUAUGAACGCCCUUCCAAGAAACAAUCGCAAGCCUUUCACGAAAGCCCUAUCGCUGCCUCAGCCCCAGUUCCGGUUGCUAUGCCCGAGUAUCCGACAGCUUACUCCUACAAUGAUGCCCCGGCGCAAAUAAAUCCGCGGCCGCCAGCAGGCCGAUCAGUUGGCCCUAGCGGUGGUGCGCGCGUGUCAAUCGCCCGAGAGGAAUGGGACAAUGUGCGCAACAGACUGCGAGAGAUGGAGUCUACGAUAUCUUCGCUUCGUGUUGGUCUGGAGAAGGCCGAAGAUGGCUUAACAAACUCUAUGGAUACUGGGAGCGUACAAAGCGCCGAUGCAGGUUCCCGUUCUAAAGCUGCUUCGCCAGAACGCGAGGGAAUUCAUGCCGCAAAUACCCUCGGCAAAGGCACAGUGCAUUUAGGAUCUCGAUCUGUCCUGGCUUACAUUCUGAACAACCAAUCUGGAUCCGAUCAACUUCAAGCACUUCUGGAAGGUGGCAUAUUACCCAAACUCGGGUUGGACAAUGAGUCUGCAACGUACCCGUUCGUUGAUUUGUGGUCCACCGAUAUGUCAACAUUUGAUAUUACAGCGGUUUGCAGUGCUCUCCCCACUGAUCAGCAAUGUCGAGAAAUGUUCUACUACUAUAAAGACAUCUCUGGGGCGAUCUAUCCUGUUUUGGAAGACAUCACCGAGUUUGAGAACGCACUGGACCUGAUGUUGCGGACCAGAACUUCCAUGGGUGGUGAAUACCGCGCUGACGCAGAUGAAUCCCAAAAGCCCUUUGGAGUCAGCCUUGCAUACCUAGGGCUCCUGUUUGCCGUUCUUGCUUCCGGGUGCCAAUCAUCCGACUACGGCAGCAAAGAGCGAGAGUUGACCUCGCAGGUCUAUGUCUGCUGCUCCUACCAAUGCCUUCGCAUGACAAACUUCUUGUCCCAGCCUACCAUUGAAGCCAUCCAGACCCUUUUAGUGAUAGGCAAUGUCCUGUCAUAUAACAUGAACCCUGGAAUCUCUUACGUGUUGCUUGGCAUGACUCUUCGCAUGGGCUUGGCCCUUGGUCUUCAUGUUGAGUCAAGUCGGUUUUCAUCGGCGGAACGAUACCGCCGGAGACAUACUUGGUGGUCUAUGGCAUGGCAAGAUAGUCAUUUCUCGCUUUCUUAUGACCGUCCUUCUACUACUGCAGUAAGCCAGCCUGAUAUUGCUUACAAGGAAGGGUCAAAGACUGGUGAUUUAUCGUACUUUGAAACCCUUUGUCGGGUCAUUUCUCUUGCGCUGGAGGUUGUUCGGAUACGCAUGUUAAGCCCACAUGCCCAAAUAAACCUUGAGAGUAUCCAGGGCUACAAGGAACGCAUUCAAAAGAUUAUGAUUGAGGCAAAACCUUAUCUGAGAGAUGCGAGCCGAUGUUCAACGCCAACGGAACAUUUAGAGAGGGUUGUACUGAAGCUGCACUCUUCAUAUUUUGCUUCCGAGCUCUGCCGGCCAGCGCUCAAACCAAUGGCUGACUUCAGCGACGCCAGUGUUGCCAGCAUGCGUGGAACAUGUGUGUCAAAUCUGAUGACAACUGUUGAAGCUUAUAUCGAGAUGCACAACAUCAGCUCUCAUGCGGCGCGCUCAUGGAUCGCGUUACAGCGCGCAAUCAGUUCAGCAUUCUUGCUAGCUGUUAUCGAAGAAGCAAAGUUGGACCCGAACGUUUGGAAUCUUCUACGACAGUUGGAAGGUAUCAUCGCACAGAGAGCAAGCACCGAACGAGCCUAUGAUUCCAAUGAGGCAGCCGCCACUGUUGCUAGUAUGACUUCCCCAUCCCAGAAUCUCGGUACAUAUGAUCCAAUCACUGGGGCCACCAAUCCACCCAACCCCGUCGCCCCAGCAGUGGAUCCAAAUUCACCUGCUGGUAUGCCCGCUGAUACCCAAACGCAAUGGGCCAAAUCACUCGCAAAAACGCAUCGUGCCCUCCAGAAGUUACUCAAUGCGUUCGAACAUCAUCCCUCGAGACAUAUCCCCGGACGCAAUGGCACGCCUGUAUAUCUGCCUCACCCAAAUCUCAACCCAGUUUCCGCUUCAGUGGGAUCCUUGGUACCUCCUUCUGCAAGCAUGACUCCCAGUGUCGGGUCUCUCCCGCCACCUACACCUGAAAGCUCGGGCAGUGGGGAAUGGUCCAUGCCGAACAUAAUGGAUCGGGCAGCGGAGUAUAUCCAUCCCCCUUUGUGGGGAUAG